AUGGGCACCGAAAGUGAUGCCUCCACAGAGAGAGAGUGUGCGUGUUAUUACAGAGGUCAAAUAGGGAAUCCUCUGCGGCUAGCUCAGCCUGCUGAGGAUCCAGGUCAGGCCCUAGAGGGGAGCAUGGAGCCAGAAGGAAUGACCCUUGGCAGCCAGAGGACCCAAUCCCAGGAAUCCGUGACACUCAAGGAUGUGACCGUGGACUUCACUCAUGAGGAGUGGUGCCUCUUGGACCCUUCCCAGAAGGCUCUCUACAGAGAUGUCAUGCUAGAGAUAUCCCAGAACUUGCACUCCUUGGAUGGGCAAACCACAGCUCAAAGCAAGGAAUCUUUUCCAAAGUUAAGCAUUUCCUGUGACUUCAAUUUCAAAGAAUCCUGGCACUGUGAUAUCAAGUUAGAGAAGAAGCAGAGUAGUUGGGGGAGUCAUUCCAGACAAUUCAAAAAGAUCCUCAGGAAAACUCCAGAGGAAGAGAGAGAUGGUGAUGAAUAUAAUAAGUAUGAGAAGAAUUUUACUCAAGGGUCAACCCUUUCUGUCCAGUCAAAAGCCCCCAUCGGAAAGCUUCACCAUGAAUGUGCUGAAAGUCAAAGGGACUUUAAACAAUAUUCAGACCUAAUUCAAUUUAAGAAAUUCACCUCAGGGAAAGAACAUUCCAAAUAUUGUGAAUAUGGGGACUGCUUGAAAGAGCAGAGAGAGCUCAAUCAGUGUCGAGAAAAGCAUACAGGAGUGAAAGAUUUUCAGGGUAAUCACUGUGAAACUGUGUUCAGUUUGAUCCCAGACAUUAUUAGUCAUCAGAAAAGUCACCUUGGAAAAAUGCCUUCUAAAUGUAAUGAAGAUGAACAAGGCUUCAUCCACCGCUUGUCUCUUAGUUUACAUCAGAAAGCUCAUACUAGAGAGAAACUGCGUGAAUGUAAUCAAUGUGGGAAUACCUAUUUUCAGAAAAUUCACAAACCAGAAAAAUGGAGAGCAAACUUUAUUAUACAUGAGAGGAUUCAUACUGGAAAGAAACCUUACAUAUGUAAUCAGUGUGGAAACGUUUUCCAAAAGCCCUGCAACCUUGCUGAACAUGUGAAGAUUCAUACUGGAGAGAAGCCAUAUAAAUGUAAUGAAUGUGGGAAAGCCUUCAUUCAAAGAGCAAAGCUUAUCGUACAUGAGAGGAUUCACACGAGAGAGAAACCUUACAAAUGUAAUCACUGUGGAAAGGCUUUCAGACAGUCCUCCCAUCUUGCUGUUCAUCAGAUGAUUCACACUGGAGAGAAGCCUUACACGUGUAAUGAAUGUGGAAAGACCUUCAGACAGAGCUCAUCCCUUAUGGCACAUCACAGGAUUCAUUCUGGAGAGAAGCCCUAUACGUGUAAUGAAUGUGGAAAGGCUUUCAGACAGAGAUCAUCCCUUAUGGCACACCACAGGAUUCAUUCUGGAGAGAAGCCCUUUAAAUGUAAUGAAUGUGAAAAAGCUUUCAGCCAGAAGUCAUCCCUUAUGGCACAUUACAGGAUUCAUUCUGGAGAAAAUCCCUACACAUGUAAUGAAUGUGGGAAAUCCUUCAGCUGGAGUGCAAACCUUGUUGCCCAUCAGAGGAUUCAUACUGGAGAGAAGCCCUAUAAAUGUCACCAAUGUGACAAAACCUUUACUCGGAAGUCUUUUCUUACCAUGCAUGAGAGAAUUCAUACUGGCCUGAAACCCUGUAAAUCUAUAUGA